AUGUCCCCUCAACCUUCCUCCGUGACGGCCUUGUCCGCCCCCGGCAAAGUCCUGCUGACCGGUGGCUACCUUGUUCUCGACCGGGCCUACACGGGCACUGUUUUCGCUCUCGAUGCGCGCAUUCAUGUUGUCGUCCAGCAGUUGAGGAGGGGUCACCGACGAGGGCCGUCGGGGUCAAGUGCGGAUGCAAAGGCCGCCGUACCUGGCGCAGAUGCACAGGCGAGCCGGUCUGAGGGUGAGGAGCAGGAGGCCGAAGACACUAUUGUCGUGCGGUCGCCGCAAUUUGUGGAUGCGAUUUGGGAGUAUGGCGUGCAGCGGUGCGAGAAUGGUGGGGGUGUGAAAGCAGUUCAGAAGAGCAGUGGACCGCGAAAUCCUUUCGUCGAGACCUCGCUGAGCUACGCAUUGACCUACAUCAGCUACGUCGCCGACUCCAAAGACUUUGGGUCCAUGUCAGUCACCAUCCUGGCUGAUAAUGAUUACUAUUCCGAGACUGCUACCUCGAAGGGCCCUGCCUCGCAUGCUCGUGGGGGACGCUUCGUCAAUUUCGGCGUUCCCCUUCAAGAUGCCCACAAGACGGGAUUGGGUUCGUCGGCUGCCCUUGUGACGGCUCUUGUCUCGGCACUGGUGAUCCAUCGCACUAUGCAGGCAGAUGAUCUCGGCGCCGGACGCGACAAGCUGCACAAUCUGGCCCAAGCUGCCCACUGUGCGGCGCAGGGCAAGGUUGGAUCGGGAUUCGACGUGGCAGCUGCUGUGUACGGAUCAUGCCUCUACAAACGGUUCUCGCCCGCGAUUCUGGAAUCCCUCGGCGACGUGGGCACCGCUAAGUUUGACGAGCGAUUGUUUGCGAUCGUCGAGGACGUCGACCCCGAGCACCCCUGGGACACCGAGUGCGUGGACUUCGGCAUGCAGCUCCCGCGUGGGAUGCAGAUGGUCCUGUGCGACGUUGAAUGUGGCUCCCAAACGCCUUCAAUGGUGAAGAAGGUGCUGGAGUGGAGAAAGAACAAUCCCAAAGAGGCUGAUGUCUUGUGGGCCAGCCUCCAGAACAACAACGAGCGUCUGCGACAAGAACUUAAGCGCCUUGCACAGCACCCGGAUGCCAAUGCCGAUGGCGAGUUCUCUGAAAUCGCGACCUUUAUUCAGCGCACGCGGCAUCUCAUUCGUACCAUGACUCGCAGGACGGGUGUCCCCAUCGAGCCGAGCGUGCAGACCGAACUGCUGGACAGUCUGACUGAAAUCAACGGUGUCAUUGGAGGUGUGGUGCCCGGUGCCGGUGGCUACGAUGCCAUUGUUCUGCUGAUCCGCGAUGACCCCACGGUGAUUCCUCGACUCAACGAGCGUUUCGAGAACUAUCAGAGUGCCGUCGAAGACGACUUCGGCGGCAAGAUCGGCAACGUGCGGCUGCUGGGUGUGCGGCACGGGUCCGAGGGUGUGAAGAAUGAAGUGCUAGACCAGUACGCCGGUUGGGUCUAG